AUGACUGUGCUAGAGGUGUAUGGAGUCAAUGACGACUCAACUGUCGCAGUGAAAGACCAAUUCUUUGAGGAGCUUGAUGAAGAGAUUGAAAAUAUUGGACAUAGUAGAGAAAUCGUUGUGUUGGGAGACUUAAAUGGGAGAACAGGUCGUCAGCUUAAUAGUAAAAUCGUAGGACCAUUCGGUGAGGCUACAUUGAAUGAUAAUGGCAAUCGUAUCAUUGACGUUUGUGAGCAAAGAGGUUUAAAAGUGCUCAAUGGGUUUUACCAACACAAGGAUAUACACAAGUUUACGUGGGUCCAGCCUACGCGGGGUUUACAGUCUGUCAUCGACUAUGUGAUAGUAAAGCAAGACACCAGCUUAAAGGUACAGCAAGUUAGAGUGUGGAGAGGUCUUUCCUGCGGCAGUGAUCACUACUUCCUUGGGGCGGCCAUAUAG